CAGUUGACUCAUCCUCAACAUCCCCCAGGUUCAAGUCUGGCCACCGGAAGUAAGACUGCAAUGUGCUCCUGCUCAGUCUGAACCACUCGUAGUCUGACCAUCUCCACCCUGCCAUUACUCCCACGGGCAAUGCUACCAACCUUCUAGGGAUGUCCAUUGUCUUGAAGAAGUCUUCUUCUGAGUGCUUGUCACUGUAGUUGAGAGGACUGGAGACUUCAGAUCACUGCUGUUUGAGAUGACGUCAGCCCUAGUUCAUGUGUACAUAUGCUUUGCUCUGGACGGUUGGAUUUUCUCCCACGUCAGAGUCGAUCUUGGGAUUGAUGGAUAUGAACGGUCUAGAUUGUCCCUUUCAUUGGCAUACAAGCUGAAUUCUCACGCUGCCGCGGCUCUUUGCCUUGGCACUUUCGAUCCUGUUCUUGAAAAAAAAAUCGAUUUUUUAAAACAUUUUGUGAGGAGAUUUUUGUGAAGGCGAGAGUUGAGGACGAGAGGAAGAUGGAGGAUGCGAAGGCGGCGGUGAACGGCGUGGAAUAUGAUGUUGAGAGUGAUGAUGACGAGCCGCGUGAGAUUGUUAAUGUCAAGGUUGAUGAUGGUGACGAGGAUGAGGAGGAGCAAGAUGGGAGUGGAGAUGACGAGGGUGAGGAGGAAGAAGAUGGAAGUGACGACGAUGAGGAUGAAGAAGAUAGUGACGACGAUGACGAUGAGGAGGCAGCUUCUGACGAGGAGGAUCUCGGAACUGAAUAUCUAAUUCAACCAGUUGGCCGAGCUGAAGAUGAAGAAGAUGCAAGUGACUUUGAGCCAAACAAUGAGAGUGAUGUGGAUGAAGACAUUGAUGAUGAAGAAGAAGAAGAAGAAGCUAAUGAUGAUGAUGCUGGCAGAGUUGAAGCCUCUUCCAAACGCAGAAGGCCGAGCACCGAUGGUGCAGUUAGGAACGGUGAGGAUGAUGAUGAUGAGAGGCCUUCGAAACGGUAGGUCAUUUGGCAUCAACUGGGCUUACUUAUGUGAACCCCAUGGCCUGAAAAAAAACUGACAUCUAAUGAAAUCCCACCAGAUUGUUGAAAGAAUUUUAUUAGACUAUGGAUUGCAAAGUCCUUAGUUUGAUGUUCUUCAGAAGUUUAAUUUGGUAGUUAAUUUCUUCCCGGAAUUGUUGAUUGUGUUUUCCAUUCCUCUGUUGUGUGCCAGGCUUUCCUGGUUUUUGGUUUUUAGUUUUGAUGUUUUCCUUAACCUUCCA